UUUAUUAGGUAGUCUUAAUUAUUUUUUGUCUUUGAUUUUCCGUUUGAGGCGUGAUUUUGCUUUACCUUUGACUAAAGUUAGACCAGUAGUUAAUAACUACUAGUUGCAGAAGUCGGACGCCGUUUUUAAAUUUUAGUAGAAAAUAAAUAUAACCAAACCCAAUGGCUUUUGAAUUAGGCCCAAUAAACUACGUUUAGACUUUAGAGCUAGAAGCCUAAAAGUCAUCGUCUCCGGCGAUCGUCGGAAAAAGAAAUGUGGGCGAUUACGAGAGUGAUAAGCCGGCGAAUCCAUGGAAAAAGUGAUGUUACUGUUUCCAAACUCGCCGGAUUCUCUAUUGUAUCUCCCAAACACGUUGAGGUAGAGUAUUCAGAUGGAACAAAGUUCAAUUUUUCAUCAGAGUUUUUGAGGAUUCAUAGUCCAGCUGCUGAUGGAAAAGUCAGAUCAAUCGGUGGUGAAAGGGUGAUAUCUGGAAGGCGGUAUGUAGGAAUCAUGUCUGCAGAACCGGUUGGAAACUACGGGGUAAGGUUAGUGUUUGAUGACUUGCAUAGAACAGGGAUAUAUCCAUGGGAUUAUUUCUAUGAGCUUGGGAGUAAUAAGUUUGGUCUGAUGAGAAGCUAUAUCAAGACUCUUCAAAAGCAUAAUCUCAGCCGUGAACCUCCUGCUUCAAGAAACAGAUGAUUCUGAUGAUCAAAAUGUUUACUUUGUUCACAGUGUUUGAUAGAUUCUUCUUGUGCAGAGAAUCUUCUAGUCUUGUUUCGAAGUUACGGUUAUUGCUUUGGGGCUUUUGCAAAAAUGCCACUUUUUCAAUGCCACUUUUCAAAA